AUGGUAGAAGAUACGGUACACGUUAUCGAACUUGACCUUAGUCUCCUCGAUUGCAAACCACCUACCGAAUAUCAUGAAGGUCCAUCGACAGCUUGGAGCGGCCCAAAACGUAACAUUCCUGUGAUUAAAACAGACCCUGUAUCUCCUUCUGUUCGCCCAGCUUGUUCCGGGCUGGACAGGACGGUCUGUACGGACGGGGACUGUGACGUGCACGAGGUGAUCUGUGACGGGAUAGUGGACUGUGACGACGGAAGCGAUGAAGAAAACUGCGACGAUGAGAUGUGUCCGAACGGAGCCACCAUCAGUAAGGCACUCGUGUGUGACGGAAAUGACGACUGUGGAGACAACACAGACGAGCAGAACUGCUGCGAGCGGCAGGGCAGGGUGGACUGCAGCAGCGGAGAAGGUGCCUCUGCCUGUGACAAUGGCGCCCUGUUCCACCCGGCUACUCGCUGUAACGGUAGAGACGACUGUGGGGACAACAGUGACGAGAGGAACUGUGACUGUUACUAUCUACAUGACAGAGGGGCGAGCUACAGGGGGAUUGCAAACCGGAGCGACACCUGUCAGUUCUGGACAUCUCAGUACCCCCACCCCCAUAACCACACUCCCCAGGCCCACCCACGGGCAGGGCUGGAGCGGAACUACUGCCGGAACCCGGACGGGAAGGACAGGCCGUGGUGCUACACAAACAACCCGCUCAUCAGGUGGAUGUACUGCGAGGAGGUCUUCGCCUGUGACGCUCCACCGACUCGGUGCUUCUACGCAGCGGAUAGGGGGAGGAGCUAUGCGGGACAGAUCAACAGGGCAGGAGACCGGGUGUGUCAGAGAUGGGACUCCCAGUCCCCCCAUAGCCAUCCCCACACACCACAGGCUCUUAACACAUUUAACACCAUACCGUAUGUCUGUACAGGGCAGGAGACCGGGUGUGUCAGAGAUGGGACUCCCAGUCCCCCCACAGUCAUCCCCACACACCACAGGCUCAUCCUGAUGCAGGCCUGGAGGAGAACUUCUGUCGUAACCCUGACAACAAGCAGCGGCCCUGGUGCUACACCACGGACGGGACCCAAAGUUGGGACUACUGCAAUGUGAUGGAAUGUGCUGAUCCUCUGUCACUGGAUUUUAUCGGCCAGGGCUGCAAAGAAGCCUAUACCUGUGGUGAGUUUCCUUUCGGCAAAGGUAGACUGUGUUAUUGUGACAACGACUGCAGCUUUUUCGGUGACUGUUGUCAGGACUACGAGUAAGUAGACCUCAAUUUUCCUGACAGGCUUCCAGCACUCGUUUAUUACUAGUGGUCGGCCUGAAUGACCAGCACGCAUCUCUUUAUGAAGACAUGCAUAUACUAACAAUAAAGCAUGUCAGAGUUGCUGGUUACCAUGGUGAUAGAGCCAAACAUGGCUCUGAAUGGUUUCCAUGGUGAC